GAUUACAGGUGCUGUCAGUGACAUUGGAGCAAUGGUGGAUCUAUUGCCUUCUAUACAGGUUAGAACCUUUAUACGUUCAGUGUCCAUAGAAGCUUUAUACGUUCAGUAUCCGUAGAACGUUUAUACGUUUAGUAUCCGUAGAACCUUUUUACGUUCAGUUUCCGUAGAAGUUUUUUACGUUCAGUAUCCGUAGAACCUUUCACAGGACUGCCUCCCAUCUUAGUGUUUUAUAUAUUUAGCAUGUCUAAGAACUGAAAUAAAUAAUUCUUAACUUACUAACUUUUCAGUUUGGAGUUUCCUGCAAACCCCAGGUGGGUGUCAUCAAAGAUGUUAAGGAUUUCUACAUCUGGAUUAAGAUAGUGGAGUAUUAUUUCUAUUUUUAAAAUUAAGUCUGGUUCUGUGUCACAAUUAUGAACUCAAAUAGUUAUUUGUGCGUCGGAGUGUUACUUCUAGCACUUGUAGAAAGCAGAAUGCUGGACAACUGCUUGAAAUCAAAUCCAAAAUACACCAUGAAUGUUGUACUUUUGAAUGAUGAAACCUUGGACUGGCACUUACCAUUUGUAAGGGAAGUGGUCAAAGAAGCAAUUAAAGAGGACGAGAAACUGAACAUUGCAGCAGGUUUGGACACCGUAUUAACAGCUAAUUACAAGGGUUUCAACACAACGCUGUACAAACGAGGAGGCUGUGGGAGCAGCACCUGUGAGGGAGUGGAGAUACUCAAGUCCUUACAUGCUCACGGUGAUGUGGGAUGUGUCAUGCUGGGACCCUCCUGUUCAUUUGCCACUUUCUUUAUGGUGGACGUGGAGAUUGGCCUGACCCUGACAAUUCCCAUCAUCUCUGCAGGAAGCUUUGGUUUGUCAUGCGACUACAAGACCAACUUGACACGCCUUUUGCCCCCGGCACGCAAGGUCUCAAACUUCUUUGUCCACUUCUGGAACUUCACCAGCCGUGGACUGAAGACGUCCUGGGCCAGCGCUUAUGUCUACAAGAAGGAAGACCAAACAGAGGACUGCUACUGGUACAUCAAUGCUCUGGAGGCACAGUCGGUCCAGUUCGCUUUGACGAUCUCCAGGGAGAUGCUCCGCAACAAGAAAGAGCUGAAAGACGCCCUUGAGUCUCAAACAAGGCACAGCAAUAUAUUCAUUCUCUGUGGAUCCCCAGAUGACAUCGCCACUAUAAAGAAUGAAACAACAAUUCCACAAGAAAUUGUCUUCUUCCUCAUCGAUGUCUAUAACCACGAGUAUUACAAAAACAAGACAGCCAGCCCAGGCAUGGAAAAUGUUCUGGUGCUUACUUUGCCUCAAAGAAACUACACAUUCAAUGAUUAUGUGGCGGGAUACUACGACGGCGUUCUGCUCUUUGGCCACAUGCUGAGACAGAGGUUGCUGAGCAACCAACAAAAGGCUUCCGAGCUCUCCGAUGAAAACCCCUUCAGGAAUAUCUCGUUUUACGGUCAGGGUGGCCACUAUGUGCUGGAUGAGAAUGGGGACAGGGAUGUGAACUUCUCUGUGAUUUACACCUCCACUGUCAACAACCGGUACAAAACACUAUUUGUGUUUGAUACCUCCCUAAACGAGACAAGAGUGGAGGACAGCACCCCAUCGCUGACCUGGCCUGAGUCAAAACUGCCCAGUGACAAACCAGUCAAUCCUUCUGACCUGUCGACACAGGAUGUCAUUGUGAUCGUCCUGAGUAUCAGCAUAUUGGUGGUGACUGUCAUCGCCCUGAUGUUCUACAGGCAGAACAUGAAGGAGCGUCGGAACCGAAAGAGGUGGUCUCACAUCAGUCCCGACCUGAUAGGGCCCCUGGACGGGAAGGAGUUAAGCCUGGUCUCACUUAAGAUUGAUGAAGACACCAGGAAAGACAGCUGUUACCAGAUCCACCGGGGUCGCUAUGAUAAAAAGCCCGUGAUUCUGAAGGAGCUGCAACACACAGACGGCAACUUCAGUGAGAACCAGAGGAUCGAGCUCAACACUCUCCUGCAUAUUGACUACUAUAACCUGACCAAAUUCUAUGGCACAGUGAAGUUUGACUAUGGCGUGUUUGGAGUGUUUGAGUUCUGUGAGAGGGGAUCCCUGAGGUAUGUCCUGAAUGAUAAAAUCUCAUAUCCAGAAGAAUCCUUCAUGGACUUAGAAUUCAAGAUAUCAGUCAUGUAUGACAUAGCUAAGGGCAUGUCCUACCUCCACUCAAGCAACGUUCAAGUUCACGGCCGACUGAAGUCUUCCAACUGUGUGGUGGACAACCGUAUGGUGGUUAAAAUCACAGACUUUGGGUGCAACACCAUCCUUAGCCCAAGCAAAGAUUUGUGGACAGCUCCGGAGCACCUACGGAAGCAGGGGAUCUCCCAGAAGGGUGACGUCUACAGCUUUGCCAUUAUCUCUCAGGAGAUCAUAAUGAGGCAGAACCCCUUCUUCACCAAGGCCUGCUCCGACAACGCAGAGAAGCUGUUAAAGGUGCAGUUCCCAAGUGGCCCUGGUUUCUUCAGGCCAGAUCUAAACUUUCAGACAGCAGCUGAAAAUGAAUCAGAGCUGUGCAUACUGAUAAAGAACUGCUGGGAAGAGGACCCAGAGAAGAGGCCAGAUUUCAAGAAGAUCGAAGGAUUGCUGGGUAAAAUAUUCAGCAACCUCCACAACCAGGCAAACGAGACGUACAUGGAUAACCUGAUUCGCCGGCUGCAGAUGUACUCCAGGAACCUUGAGCACCUGGUGGAGGAGAGGACGGCUCUGUACAAAGCCGAGAGGGACAGAGCCGACCGACUCAACUUCAUGCUCCUGCCAGCCCCGGUGGUGCGCUCCCUGAAGGAGACGGGCAGGGUGGAGCCGGAGCUGUUUGAGGAGGUGACAGUCUAUUUCAGUGACAUAGUGGGCUUCACCACCCUGUGCCACUACAGCACCCCCAUGGAGGUGGUGGACAUGCUGAACGACAUCUACAAGAACUUUGACGGGAUCCUGGACCACCACGACGUAUACAAGGUGGAGACCAUCGGAGACGCAUACAUGGUGGCGUCAGGUUUGCCGCGACGGAAUGGCAACUGGCAUGCAGUGGACAUUGCCCGCAUGGCCCUGGACAUACUGGCCUUCGUGGGGACGUUCCAGCUGCAACAUUUACCGGGAAUACCUCUGUGGAUACGCAUCGGAGUGCACUCUGGGCCGUGUGCCGCGGGCGUGGUGGGGAACAAGAUGCCACGCUACUGUCUGUUUGGAGACACCGUCAACACAGCCUCACGUAUGGAGUCCACAGGCCUGCCGCUGCGAAUCCACGUCAGCCAGUCCACCAUUAACAUCCUCCAACGCACAGACUGCAAGUUUGAGUACGAGCGGAGAGGAGAGACUUUCCUGAAGGGUAAAGGCAAGGAGAUGACAUACUGGUUGACAGGGGUGGCAGGGACAGAAUACAACUUGCCAACACCCCCAACAGCUGAGAACUUUGUGAGGCUGCAGCAGGACCUGUCUGAGAUGAUCAUAUCCAGCCUGGAGAACAGAGAACCGGGUCCCGAGGGGCUGAUAAGGAAGACUCUCUCCACUAGAGCCAGGAGGAGGGACACCAGUGGGAGCCAGGGGGACGGCCUGCCGGAGUACUUGCACCUGGCCGUCACGGAUGUCCCCAACACUUACCUGUAGUAUCACGGAACUCUACUGCCUCCAGUGGAGCUACAGAGACACUACACUCCAUCAGAAGGCGACACGGAAUUCACCUGUAGCCAUGUAAUAUGAGGAAAAACCUGGCUGUUUACGAAUGUUUCUUUGUGUACAAGAUAGGGCUUUCUGGUUUGAGCUAAUGUUUUUUUUUCUUCUUCUGGUUAACAAGA